GCUUAGCACUGCAAACUUCUGGUAACUUCGUCGCCUGUGAAAAAAAGUUUUGCUUUCUACGAACAUGGAUUUAUUCCUAAUCAGUUUUCUGCUAUUUCCCAUCUUUCUAUCAAGUGUAGCAGGGAGCAGAUACGUAUAUUUGGAUAAAUGUGUUAUGCUCCAGUGCUUAUUGGAAUGUUUUUAUAAGGGCUACAUAGUUGGAAAUUGUGAAAAAUCGACGAACUAUGGAGUGAUAACGACAAUCGGGAUAGCGUGCAUAUGUUAUUACCCUGGUGAAAAGUUUGGUGAAAUUGGAAAGAGACAUUGAACACGUAACUUGCAAAGCACACUUACGAUGUCUCCUUGUGCGUGAAUUUCUCAAUUUUUGCC